AUGGCCGCCCAGAUCACCCCUUCGAAGCAGGCUGCUUCGGCCAUUGAGUCUUUCAAGAUGGAGUCUCCCGUCAAGAAGCUGGACUUCGCCGACAAGGAGAAUCAGCCCCUGGACGAGGCGGCCGUCACCGCCCUCGCUGACCAGGUCGACGCCACCCACAAGCCCUCCGUCGACGAGACCAAGAAGACCGAGGAGAAGGCCCCCGUCGCCCCCGGCAUCAAGCCCGAGGAAGCCGACGAGCCUCUCCUGCAGGAGAACCCCCAGCGAUUCGUUCUCUUCCCCAUCAAGUAUCACGAGAUUUGGCAAAUGUACAAGAAGGCCGAGGCCUCCUUCUGGACUGCCGAGGAGAUUGACCUCUCCAAGGAUUUGCACGACUGGAACAACCGCCUGAACGAUGAUGAGAAAUACUUCAUCUCUCACAUCCUGGCCUUCUUCGCCGCUUCCGACGGCAUCGUCAACGAGAACCUCGUUGAGCGCUUCAGCGGCGAGGUCCAGAUCCCCGAGGCGCGCUGCUUCUACGGUUUCCAGAUCAUGAUGGAGAACAUCCACUCCGAGACCUACUCCCUCCUGAUCGACACCUACAUCAAGGAGCACGCGCAGCGGACAUAUCUGUUCAACGCCAUUGACACCAUUCCCUGCAUUCGCAAGAAGGCCGACUGGGCGAUCCGGUGGAUCAAUGACAAGGAGUCCACCUUUGGCCAGCGCCUCAUUGCCUUUGCCGCUGUCGAGGGCAUCUUCUUCAGCGGCGCCUUUGCCUCCAUCUUCUGGCUCAAGAAGCGUGGCCUCAUGCCCGGCCUGACCUUCUCCAACGAGCUCAUCUCUCGCGACGAGGGUCUGCACACGGACUUCGCCUGCCUGCUGCACUCGCACCUGAAGAACCGCCCGAGCAAGGAGCUCAUUGCGGAGAUCAUCACCGAUGCCGUUACCAUUGAGCAGGAGUUCCUGACGGAGGCUCUGCCUUGUGCUCUCCUGGGCAUGAACUCCAACCUCAUGAAGCAGUACAUUGAGUUUGUCGCCGACCGCCUGCUCGUCGCUCUCGGCAACGAGAAGAUCUACAAGUCGACCAACCCCUUCGACUUCAUGGAGAACAUCUCCCUGGGCGGCAAGACCAACUUCUUCGAGAAGCGCGUCGGCGAGUACCAGAAGGCCGGCGUCAUGGCCAGCACGGCCAAGAAGAACGAGGAAGCCUCUGCCACUGGCGACAGCAAGACCGAGGGCGGUGACUUCUCCUUUGAUGACGACUUUUAA